UUUCACUACGCCCUUCCUGGUUCCGGUUCGCGGGGUGGGCCACGGGAGGCGGCCGGGGCCAGCCGGUGUCGUCCGCACCUGCGGCCCCCGGGCUGCCCCGUCACCGCUGGGCGCGUAGGAUGGGAUGCCUGUGAGCGGUGGAUCGCUCUUCCGUAGGGGCGCCCGUGCCUGUCCCCGUGCGCGGCGCGGGGAGGCCGGGCGGCGCGGCCGCAGGAUGUCAUCACCUUGCUGUAUCUCUGCUGUGCUGCUCGUCUUUAUGGCCCUUGCUGUCGGUGCAAGGGCUGAACAGUCGGGAGAGAGGAGCUGCGAUGUGAUUGGUGAUAAGAGCAGUGAGUCGCAAAUGGAAAGAGCCUUGCUGAAGAAACUAGAGCCCCUGAGCCAAAUGAGGUUUAACGUGACUGUGGAGAAAGGCAAAACAGAAAACUACAUCUACCAAUUCAGGGUGUGCAGGGAGGUCAACAGCACCUUGCAGGAUUUUGCUGGCCUGGUGCAAACAAAUAGACAGAAUGGAAAGACUACAGUGAUAGGAAGAAUCAAUGAAACCCAGGUCUUCAAUGGAAGUGACUGGAUCAUGCUGAUUUAUAAAGGAGGUGAUUCAUAUGGCAGCCACUGCAGUAGUGAGAAGAGACGAGCUGUGAUAAUGAUUUCUUGCAAGCAGGGAGUUACAGCGAGUUCAUUCAGCAUUGUUUCAGAAGAGCGGGAAAAGGAGCAAGACUGUUUCUACCUCUUUGAGAUGGACAGCAGUGUGGCUUGUCCAGCUGAGGAUUCCCACCUUAGCGUUGGCUCCAUUCUACUGAUCACGUUUGCUUCACUGAUUGCAGUCUACAUCAUUGGUGGGUUCCUCUACCAGCGCCUUGUAGUGGGAGCAAAGGGCAUGGAGCAGUUUCCUCACUUUGCCUUCUGGCAAGAUCUGGGCAAUUUGGUGGCGGAUGGCUGUGACUUUGUCUGCCGCUCCAAGCCUCGAAAUGCACCAGCUGCAUACCGUGGUGUGGGUGAUGACCAGCUGGGUGAGGAGUCAGAAGAACGGGAUGACCACUUGCUGCCAAUGUGACAGGCUUUCAACACUGAGUUCUUUUCUCCCCAUCUUCCCAGCACUUGUUUAGCCAGGUGUUUCUCAGCCAGUUCUCUUUCUCUCACUUCUGAUUUUCUUUACUUACUUCCGCUGCUUUCUGGUAUGUCAAGUCCCCUGGAUGCCGCUGGGUGUGAACAGCACUGGUCCCUGAGGCCUUACAAAUACAAUGCUGGUUUAGGUUUUUAAAAAUGCAGCAGAGCUUGGGGGUGGAAAAGUGCUGAGGGUUGAGUAGAAGAUGGCAAGGAAACUACAAGCAUUCAGCACUACGCAGGAAUGGGAGAUGAUUCAUUGAGAGAACAGAAGGGUCACAGAUGGGUGCAGAAAGGGGAAGUAAAAUAAGGCAGUGGGUUACAACAUCUGAGACUGUAAGAGGGAUAUUUUGUGUCUUUUUUUUUCCUUAGGGUUUACAGAAUCUGUAAGACACUGGAAUAAUUUUUCUUUGAAUGCAUUUUUAGCUUUUCUAGCUUCUGCACCGUUACACACUGUUUCUGCCAGCAUAACCUGCACAGAGGGCUCUAUGCCAGACUCUGUGGGGGUGGAAGAGGCAUUAGCACCUCUGCAGUCUUUUCUUAAUGGCAAUAUGUUGAAGAGUAUACAACAGUUUCCUUCAACAGUUAUAAAGGGAUGCAUGCCAUUCUCUCAGACUGGAGAGAGGCAAUGCUAAAAAACUAUAGGAGUUAAAUACAGGCUCAUGACUUUCCAGUUAAGUCAAAAUACUUAGUCUUCUCAAUCAUUGAGAAACAAAAGGAAAUUAUGUAAAGGGAACACUUGCUGCAACUGACAUCAAAGCAAAAUGAGAAAGGUAGAUGCCACUUGAGUUCUGUCACAAGCUUCCUGAGGUAACAGCCCACACAGCCCAGUCACUGGCAACAUUGUGAUUUCACAUUAUCUGAAAGUUCCUUGUUUGGCAGAGCAUUUUCCCACAGAGCUACCAGAAUUUAUUUUUAUAAAAAAGGAACCAUGGAAGCCAAGGAUAAGAAUGCUAACAUAUUAAAAACUGCGUAAGGAUUCCUGCACUUAAAGGGUCAGCUUUCAUAAAUCACUGUCCCCCUAAGCAUGGUGCAGACCAGUCUUACAAUGCUUGCCCUCUGCAGAUGGUACUUGCAUACUGAUACUGGCUGGGAGUGAGAGACACCUCCUGAGGCCCUGGUGAAAGGCAGGUGCAGCUGAGUUGUAAGACUUAACAGAAACCUUCAGAAACUUGGCCAUUUGAUUCCUAAUUGCUUUUUAUGUGAAGGGGCUAGACUCUGUCCUGUCAUAAGAUGGCAGAGAACUGUCCUCAGUCUUGAGGGCAGAAACUGUGAAUAAGCAAGCCACUACCGCUAGUAGCAGAGUACAGACAAGGUUUGUAUGUUUUAAUACUAUCAAAGCAGUCUGAACAGUGACAUUGAGGGACAAGGGCUGGCCCUGCUUUCUUGCUGGGUUUAGAGUGAGCAAACAAUUCCUGCUUGCUUUGACUUUUGUUACAGUCUCAAUCCUUCUCAUAAUGUGGGAAAAAUAGGAAGUCAGUCUGUUACUGUUUUUCAUGGUGGUGUUUAAGGUUUUGUUGUUGGGUUUGUUUUUUUGUUUUUUUUUUUGUACAAAACACAAGUUUCAAAAAUAAAACAACUGAAAAACCUGGUAAAGUGGUGUGCUGAUUUAACAAGAGCUUUCUUUGGUGCCAGAGUAUCUUAUGUAUCCAAGGUGAAGGGUCCUUAGUAUGUAGUGCCUUGUGCCUGAACUUCUUUUGCCAGGAAUGCAUCUCUUUGUAUUAGUACAUGUUUUUUUGCUGCUACCUUGUAUCACCAAGUUCCCUUGGGACUUAAGAGGCAGAGGUAUAGACACAUUUCAAAACUGAAACUUUAAAAGGUCAAGUAGUUAGGGAUGGGAGAAGUUUCCUAUGCAGCAAUAAAAAUAAAAAGAAACUUUUUGAUGAAG